CGACUGGUAAAGACUUAUAAAUGAAAGUACAAAUAGUUGCUUAUUCAGUUUUUAGGUGACCAUUGAUCAGAUUGGUAAGUGAAGGUAAAAAUGAAUUCUAAGUUUUACUUUGUUGCCGUAUGCUUCGUUGCUGUCUUAGCGGUUGUAAAGGCAGAGCAAUCUGAUGAAGAAAUGAAAGAAAGGGGCAAAGAUAUGCUUCGUAAUUUAGCCCAGGACUGUAAGGAGAAAGAAAAAGCCUCGGAUGACGACGUGGAAAGUAUGGUUGAGGACAAGAUGCCUGAGACUCCUGUGCAAAAAUGUUUCAUUUCAUGUAUGCAACAGCAGUUCGGAAUUUCUGAUGGGAAGACAUUUUUGAAAGAUGGAUUCAUACAGAUUAGCACAAUGAUAUUCAAGAAGGAUGAAGAAAAACAGAAAAUCGCCAAAGAAGUUGCCGAAGAAUGUGACGGCACCGCUAAUGAAGAUCGCUGUGAGCUGUCGGUUGACAUAUGGACUUGUGUGAAGUCUGCAAUGGAGAAAAGGGGAAUCACUUCCUAAAUGCUGUGGUGAAAUAUUUUCCUAAAAGUGAAACAUUUCUGAUCAAAUCAAACAAUAAAAUGUAUUGAUUAACGCAGCUUCUGAAAACAAAUCUUU